AUGGCAGUACGUGCACCGAUCUCGUUGGAUGAUGCCCUACACCGAGCUUCAUAUUUCGCUACCCACGAAGAGGAGGUUGAAGCCUUGAAGGAACAGUACAGCGCGAACAAAAAUAACGUUGCCAAAAAGAACAUUGCCUCAAAAGAACCAGCAACUAAAGGGCAACACUCCUAUGCUAUAACCAACUCGCCGCAAAACAAAUCAUCAACAUACGACCCCAGAAAACACUGUGCCUUCCACGACCGGAAAGGCCAUUCAACCGAAGAUUGUCGAGCGGCACUUCGCAGUCAAAGCGAAAAUAAAAAGACCAGUGAAGACACCGAAGAAGAGGAGGAAGAGCCAGCAUACCAACGAAGAGCCGAAAACAGCAUAGGAGUCAGAGAGCCCCUAUCAGGUCUCGACCACGAAAUCACCUUCGACGAAAACGAGACCGCAGAUCUUGACAAACCACACGAUGACGCUCUCAUAAUACGACUCGAAGUCGGCGGCUGCAAACUAUCUCGAGUGAUGAUCGACACCGGUAGCUCGGCUGAUGUACUCUUCUACGACGCGUCCAAGAGAAUGGGAUUCACCAAAGCACUCCUCAAGCAAGAACGAACUCCUCUGAUCGGAUUCGCAAGGGAAACCACCUACUCCCUCGGGUCAAUCGAGCUUGCUGUAACUGCUGGAAAAAUUAAGAAAAUCGUAGAAUUCAUUGUGAUAGACCGUCCGGCCCCAUUCAACGCAAUCCUUGGAAGGCCCUGGCUAAACAGCAUGAAGGCAGUUCCCUCAACCUACCACCAGUGCCUGAAAUUUUCCGACUCCGAAAGGAAUCGAAACCAUUAG